ACAUAAUAAUUUCAUAUAAAAAUUGAAUCUUAUUUGGGUUUGAUUGAGGGUCUCAGAAGAUGGUGACAGUGAAUAUUGGAAUGCUCCAUUAUGUAUUGGAUCAUGUAUAUGGUGCGUUUGUUCACAGAACAAAACUAAGCCCACCUUUCUUUUCUAGAGGAUGGGGAGGUACAAAGCUUGAGCUUUUAGAGAAAAUGAUUAAGCAAUUGUUCCCCGAUGUUGAAGGACAGAAUUGGCCUCCCACAUUGGUACAACCUGUUUGGAAAACUGUUUGGGAAUCUCAAACGGCAACUCUCAGAGAAGGUUUUUUUACGACUCCUUGCCAUGACCAGCUGCUUAGUGCAUUGCCUCCAGAGAGUCACAUUGCAAGGGUUGCUUUCCUCGCCCCCAAAUAUACCCCGCCUCAUAAGACGGCCUGUGUCGUUCAUCUUGCUGGUACGGGAGAUCAUACUUUUGAGCGAAGAUUGCGUCUUGGCGGUCCAUUACUGAAGGAAAAUAUAGCAACUAUGGUGCUUGAGAGCCCCUUCUAUGGAAAAAGACGUCCAUUGCUGCAGCGUGGGUCAAAGCUGUUAUGUGUUAGUGACCUUCUGCUAUUAGGACGAGCCACCAUUGAAGAGGCCCGUAGUCUUUUACAUUGGUUGGACUGUGAAGCGGGUUUUGGAAAGAUGGGUAUAUGUGGACUUAGCAUGGGAGGAGUACAUGCUGCUAUGGUUGGUUCAUUGCACCCAACACCUAUUGCUACACUCCCUUUUCUCUCUCCACAUUCCGCUGUUGUGGCGUUCUGUGAAGGGGUACUAAAGCAUGCCACUGCAUGGGAAGCACUGAGAGAUGAUCUUUCCGUGCAUGAGGCUUCAAUGACUCUUGAGGAAGUGAAAGAACGGAUGCGAAAUGUGUUGUCUCUCACCGAUGUUACACGGUUUCCAAUCCCAAAAGAUCCCAGUGCUGUAAUAUUUGUUGCCGCCACAGAUGAUGGCUAUAUUCCAAGGCACUCAGUGCUAGAACUUGAAAAAGCUUGGCCUGGCUCAGAAGUUAGAUGGGUUAGAGGAGGGCAUGUAUCGUCCUUCCUUCUCCAUAAUGGUGCAUUUCGCAGGGCGAUAGUGGAUGGUCUUAACAGACUACAAUGGAAGGAGUCACCUCUGUGACAUUGCCAUAUUUGUGAAUAACACACCAUGUAAUUAUCAUGUGUUCUUCUUCGCCACUAAUUCUCAUUGAAAUUGAUAGUUGAUUCACUGGGCCACAGUUGAUAUUAUUAAGCAUUUGCUGGAAAAUGAAAAGGUGCUGGAAAAGCUUUCAUU